AUGGCAGGAUGGACAGGCGCCUCUGCCAAGGGCCACCGCAUUCUGCCCCCUGGUGCCAGCGGCCACUCUGGCUGCUCCAGUUUCAUGUGUGCACCCCUGACGGUCCUUAGUGUCACCAGGCCUGUCCGCACGCACACACUGCAUGGGGGGUUCUGUGUCCCCAGAGCAGGAAGGCGCUGCUGGGAUGCGACAGGGACCCUUCCUCCAUGUGAGAUCCCCAGGACCUCCCCAGGGUCCCACUUCGAGCUGCUCCCCACUUCCUGGGAAUGCUGCCUCACCCCAGAGCUGGCCUUGCCCAGGGCCCAGCACCCCCUGGGCCUCCUGUGCCAAUACUGUGACUUGGAGAUGCUGUUACUGGGAGCGGAGGCAUUCGAGUGCCCUGAUCCCCGGCCACCCUGGGUGUGGCUGUGCUCCUCCCUCCACUCCGGGCUCGCAGAGGCCCCCAGAGAUACCCCAUCCCCAGCCUUGGGGGGCAUGCAGGCCCUGAGCUCCCUUAGUGGCUCUGCGAAGUGCGCCCGGAGCGCCGACCCGGUUGUGCGGCCCCCGGAGAACGGAUAUGACCUCGCGCAGCUGAGCCCGGCGGUGGCCCCGACGUCGCUGCCGCACGAGAUGCGCCUUGGCCUCUACGGGCGACGCGGGUGCUCUCCUUGGGGCCAGGCGUCAGCAGCUAUCCGGGAGCCCCUGGCCCUGGCGGGCGUGUCCUCUGCUCUGUUCCAGGGAGGUGGAGCAGCAGCGGGACGGCAGGCUCCCGGGCGUGGAGCAGCCGACUGGCAGGCUGGUGCUGUUCUCAGGCCCAGGCGCGUCCCUCAGAGGAUGUGGGGGGAACCCAGAGCCCCGUGGACCCGCGGCUGGAGGAAGGCGCACCUGGCCCGGCGAGCAGAGGCAGCCGCGGGCGCCGUGUCCUGCAGGCGAGCACCCGCCCCCGCCCCCCAGGAGCUGCCGCAGCCGCCCACCGGGGAAGCGAGUCGGAACCAGCGCGAGGCCCUGGGGCUCCGCGCGGUCAGUGCGGGGAGAGCCCUGCAGGCCGGGGCGUCAGCUGGCCCCGGGGGCUCCCCACCCCGCCCACCGGAGCACCCGGGUCGCCUUGGCCCUCGGGGCAGGAGGCCACGGACUCCGCCAGCACCGCCCCGUCCGCGCCCAGCAGGGACCACCACGGCCCCAGACGCUCCGCUCGGGACGGACCCCCGGCCAGGGCUCUGCCCCGCAUCCCCGCGGACGUGCGUCUCGGUGCCUCCCCGGGCGCGGGCCCCGCUGAGCGAGGAAGUGAGUGCGCGGGAUCCUGCCCCCGCCCUCAGGGCCCCCCGGGCCCCCCACUCGCCUCAGGGGCGUCAGGCGCGGCCCGGGACCCCGAGGCAGCUCCACAGCGGGUGCAGCGAGGCUGUCCCGGUCUGGUCGGCCCCGGGGAACGGAGGCCUCGGAGGGCAAAGCCGCGGCGGAGAAGCCGCUGGAAUCCAGGGACAGGCCAGGGGAGAGGCCAGGAGCCGGCGUGGCAGCCAGCCCAGGACGCCGCACCCCGGGGAGCAGCUUCGCCCCAGGACGCCUCGAUUUUGGACUUUCAGCCUCAAACCUGUGACCAGUGAACUCCCGUUGCUCCAGCCGACCCACUGGUAACCGGCCGCAGCGUGGACGGGCCGGGCCCAGCCUGCUCGACCUUGAGCCACUGACCCCACCAGCUCCGACCGGCCCCCACAGGCCCCCACCGGCUCCCACCGGCCUCAGGAUCUCCGAGGUGGCGAGUCCAGCUGGGCGAGGUGGAGAGAAACCGGGGGGCAGCCUCCUGAGGGGAGACCAGGCCGCGAGGACCGGCUGCUCCCAGACCCCUGUCCAGAUGCCCCCCAUAGCCCUGCCCCCUCCCUUUCUGGUAACAUACACAGAAC